AUGUUCCUCAACGACCCCAAUGAGGCCAUAAGACCGGACUAUACCAGCGAUGAGCAUCAACAAGCUCGAGAACAACUAACUCUGACGAACAAUGCCAACAAACAGCAUUGGGCUUUAAGACAAGAAAGGCUAGAAAUGGUGCAUCAACGAGAAGUGUUGGAAGAGGAGCAACGUCAACAGGCGCGUGAAGAGGAAGAUGAAGCGGCCAGGCUUGAAGAGCAUAAGAAGAACAAGAGCAAAUAUGCUCCCUUUGCUCAAGGCAAAGUCCCUUCAGAACCUACCAUUCUACCUGCACCAUAUGUGACAAGAAAAAUGAAAUCGGGAGAUUACUGUGAACUUCAUUACUUCACCAAUCAUGGUUUGGAUGAUGUGAGGAAACUUUCCCAGAUCGCUGAACCAGACGCCCUGGUGAUGCUUCCAUCCAACGAUGGAAUUCACUCAUGGUUUCCAGCAGACACAGUCAAAGACCCAAAGGCGGCGGCAGUCAUGAAGGACGAGAAUUUGACCUGGGAAGAAUUUAAUGAAGCGGCGCCGCGCAUGAUUAAUUUCAUGAAGAUGCACGAUUGGCUGAAUGAGCGCGUUACCAUGCACGUACAAUUCUGGUCAGCCUUGCAGACACACUGCUGGCGUCAUGCCUCGGAUCAUCUCAAGCAACAAGCUUUACUUUUAUACCAAUCCCAGCAGUGGAGACGCACAAAGCUGGAGUUUGGAGGAGAUCAAUCAAGAGUUGCUCAUGGAAGCAAGAGAGGAGUUGUUCAAUGA